CCUUUGUUGGCAUUGUGGGCUUGUCUCUUGGUUCCGCUGGGCAUUCCCGCUCGGGCGCUGGGCGUUUUUCUUCUCGCCUUGACCGUUUCACUCUUAAAAAGCAUGCCUCUCUCUCGCUGAUGGUGGCCUUUUUCUUUUUCUUAACCUUUCUUUUCUCCCUCCAUCCUGUCUUCCUUAUCCGAUAAUAAUAUAUUUUCCGCUCGGCAUUUGGUGGGCCGUACAUAUAUGCACAUACACACCUCCCCCGGACUCGCACCCUCAACACUCACACAUAGACAUACACAUGGAUGGGAUGCUUAGUCCAUGAUCGCUCAAUGUAUCGACCUGAAGCCCUGUCGUCUGGGCAGCGCUCUGCGGUUAUACUCUAUCUACCAACUUGAGCCGUGACUUCUCUGGCUACCGUACCCAUCGCUGCUCCUCCCAUUCCACCGUGUCGUGCGCGCUUCCUUCUCGUCUCUCUGCCCGGUGCUUCCGACUUGUUGUAGUGAAGCCAUGUCCCCGCAGGCCAUGACACACCUUCCACUCUACCAUGAUGAUCAGAAUCGGAUUAUCUACCCUACGCUCGACCAGAAAUCCUCAAAGUCCUCCACCUUGCCCUCGAAUACCGAUGGAUUCCUGAGGUCUUACCAAUUGCACCAUCACUCGAGCGGUCCGGAACGACAUGCAACACCCUCUCCCUCACACGAUGUACAAGAUUCCGGUAGUAAUCCACGCUUAUCACGGCUCUCCUCCGUCGAGCCCGCUUCGUUUUCUAGUUCAACAAUAGAAUCCGCCCCGAAUACGAAGGUGUUACAUGACCGGGGCUUUCCUCCUUCCCAUCCUACCUUCCCAGCAGCCGCGUUUAUACUCGCAUCGGAUGCACCACCCGCGUCGAUGUCGGAUAAUAGAAGGCUCAGCUGGCAGGAGCAAAGGGAAUGGACGCAGGCGAAGAAUAAUAUGGCACUGGGUGCUUUGACGAUGGAUCCUCCUUCGCAGCGGCCUAGGGCGCAUGUUUCCAUGGCGGAUAUGGAGGACGACGAUGACUACGUCGAUGAUGACGAGACGGUGUCUCUAUCGGACCAUGAGAAUGCUUUUUAUAUCCUUAUACGUCUCUCUUUCAUCGUCCCACCAUAUUCCCUAUUUGUCGCCCUCUACACCUUCUUCGUCAUCUUAUUCCUCGUCUUCGCUACUCCGUUACGAUUAUGCCCGCCCACAGCAUUCUUCAAGCCGUCGAGUACGUUCUCCAUGCAAAUAUGUCACAUCUUACUCCCCCUUCACCGGGUCCAUCAGCGUUUUAUAUCAACGCCCUCGCCUUCCCAGAGACGCCGAGACCGACAUCCAUACCACCAAGCCGAAUCCCGCUCAUCUUCCCAUGCUCACUCCGGACAUGGUUCUCCCGAAAACCCUCCCUACGAUAACCUUGAAGCCAAUCCAUAUACUACCUCGCCUUAUUCCCCAUCAUGUAAUAGUCACUACUCCAUCCCCUGGCUCAUCCUCAUCCACCUCCUCUCACCCCUACUAAUCGUACCCGUCCUCUUUGCGGCGUGGAUAACGGCCUUCUUCUGGAUUUUCACCAUGAUCAUGGGAAACCCGGAUGGCACGGAACGACGUGAUGACGGACGGGCUGCGGUGUUAGGGGUUAGGAAUUGGUGGAAGAUCUGGCUGAGCAAGGCCAGAAGGAGGAAAAAGCGGGAGAGGAAUGUGGCUAGGAGUCGGAAUAGGAGUGUUGUUUAAAGACCUUUUGUAUUAUGGGAGGAUUCUGGGGGUGUUAUACAUUGCGGGCGGCCUUUUUUUUUUUUUUUUCCCCCCUCCCCAUCUGAUAAACCAAUAUUUUCGGAGUACUAUAUCACGGGUGUCACUUGUGGGGGAGGCUAGGAAUGAAAUUAUAUAUAAUAUUUUCUGAGGUCACGACAUGGAACUUUUUAAAUCAAUAAA